GGUUAUUUAAAGAAAAUAACACUAAUCAGUGUGAAAAAACAGUAUGUAUUUCUAAAAUAAAGACAACGCAACACACAUUUUAUUAUACAGUAUAAAUAUUAUAAUGUAAUAUUACCAUUAUAAAAAAAUAAUUGCUAACAACACAAAUGCAUUCAGGUAAAAACAAGUGAUGUAUACUCAGCAAAAAAAAAUGUCCCUUUUUCAGGAGACUGUAUUUUAAAGAUAAUUUUGUAAAAUAAAAAAUAAGCUUUACAGAUUUUUAUUGGAAAGGGUUUAAACAAUGUUUUUCAUGCUUGUUCAAUGAACCAUAAACAAUUAUUGCACAUGCACCAGUUGAACAGUCAUUAAAACACUACCGGUUUACAGGCGCUAGGCGAUUAAGGUCACAGUUACAAUAACUUAGGCCCCAAAUAAGACCUGUCUUACUGUCUCUGAAAAACACCAGAAGAAAGAUACCUAGGGUUCCUGCACACCUUCGUGAACAUGCCAUAGACCUGCUGCAGGAGGCAAGAGGACUGCAGAUGUGGCCAGAGUAAUAAACUGCAAUGUCUGUAAUGUAAGACGCCUAAGACGGUGCUACAGGGAGAGAGGAAGGACAGCUGAUCAUCCUCGCAGUGGAAAAUUACAUGUAACCGUGUGUUCCCCCAGACAUGAUCAAGAACUUGCAGACACCUUGGUGGAAGAGUGGCGUCGUGAAACGUCUGUGAAACUUGUUCAGUUUAUGUCUCAGUUAUUGAAUAUUUUUAUGUUAAUACAAAUAUAUACACAUGUUAAGAAAUUUGCUGGAAACAAAAGCAGUUGAAUGUGAGAGGACUUUUUUUUUUUUUUUGCUGAGUAUAUACAUAUUAUUUUUUGUAUUUUUUUUUUUUUUUCCACUUAGAAUACACUGUCAUACACAUGUUUUUCAUCAAGUUUUUCAAAUGCAAUGUAUUAUCUGUUUUAUAUAAACAUUAAGCGAGCAAUACAAAGAGAAAUCAAUAUAUACGACAUGAAGGAAAUAAACAAAGGGGUGGGGGGUAGUCAUAAAUGCUUUAAAGUAUUAAAGUUAAAACAUUUAGUUGUGAAAUUUAUUACUUAUAUUACUCAUUUUUACUUAUAAAAAAAGAAUAGAAAAUAAGAAUCACAGAAAACAGUACGUAUUUAUAAAAUACGACAAAGCAACACGAAUCUUAGAAAAUGUAAACGUUGCGUAUAAUAUAACGCGUAUAACAUAAUGAAAGAGAACAAAAAUACAAGACGGUAAAAUAUAAUGAAAAGAUUGGUACCGUUAGUUUGCUGAACGGAAGUUUGAGUGUCUGCAGCGGAAGUGACGCCGAAACCCAACCUCUCUUCAAAAACGCCGUGGAGGUUUCAUUGUGGAUCUCUGCAGAGUGAACAGAGAUGGCUGCUCCUGCUGCCAUACAACAGCCCAGUUAUCUCCUGGCGAAUCUUAAAGCCGACUGGAGCAUUAAGCCACUUCUUCAGCGGUGUCAGGAGCUGGUGAAGGUGAUCGAUGACUAUCCUGCUAAGGAGCUUCAUCUGGUCUUCCCCUGGCUGGUUGAGGGAAUCUUCGGCAGCCUAGAUGGCGUCAUUGUGGGUUGGAACUUGCGAUUUCUGCACGCUCGCACGAAUGAGUAUAACAUUGUGCUGGACUUUCUUGAUCCAUGUGGCCCCAUGAUGAAGCUGGUGUACAAGCUGCAAGCAGAGGACUACAAAUAUGAGCUCCCCAUCAGUUAUUUGCCAGGUCCUGUGAAGGCGUCCAUUCAUGAGGGAGUUCUGCCAGACUGUCCCCUGUUUCACAAUAAGCUACAGUUCCCCAUGUCAGGCCUCAUCAUGCUCAAUCCUUUUGAAUACUACAUGUUCAACUUUGCGUCCAGUCUCAUUGCACCAAAGAACUAUCCUCCUGGACAACAUGGCAGCUGUUCAGACAGUGCUUACUUUGUGCUUGUUGAUGCCUACCUCAAGCACUUCCUGCCCACAGAGGGAAACGUGCCUCCAUCUCCUUUCUCUGAUCCCAGGGGCUCUGUGGCCUCUCCAGCUCCACGGUCUUCCAGCAUGCCUUACAUUGGCUAUGGCGUCCACAGUAGCAGCCUGCUAAAGCGACACAUAUCCCAUCAGCCCUCUGUCAACGCUGACCCUGCUGCUCAGGAGAUCUGGAGAUCCGAAACCCUUCUACAGGUGUUUGUGGAGAUGUGGCUCCAUCACUACUCUCUGGAGGUGUACCAGAAGCUGCAGUCUCCUCAGGUGAAGCUGGCGUUGCUGCAGUACCGCCUCAAUAUGUCCAGCAUGCUGUGCCAGCCCCCGGCCCCACCAGGCUCUGGGACCCUCCACACAUACCAAGAACCCUUCAGUCCUACGGAGGAACACGUUCUGGUGGUGCGUCUGCUCGUCAAACACCUGCACGCUUUCUCAAACAGUCUGAAGCAGGAGCAGGCCUCGUCAUCUCCCUCCACACACUCACACGCCAGCCCUCUCGAGGAGUUCAAGAGGGUAGUGGUACAGAGGUUUGUUCAACAGAAGCUGUACGUCUUCCUGCAGCACUGUUUUGGUCACUGGCCUCUCGAUGCCUCAUUCAGAGCGGUGUUGGAAACAUGGUUGAGUUAUAUCCAGCCCUGGCGGUACACAGAAGAGAAAAACAAUCUGAAGGCAGAGGCUCAGAACAGAGCAGUACCUGAUAAAUGGGCUUCCUUUGUACAGGAGAAUCUUCUGAUGUACACAAAGCUCUUCCAGGGUUUCCUUAAUCGGUCUUUACGCACAGACCUCGUCAAUGCCAAAAAUGCACUGAUGGUAUUCAGGGUCGCAAAAGUCUUUGCACAACCAAACCUACCAGAGAUGAUUCAAAAAGGAGAACAGCUGUUCCUCGAACCUGAGCACGUCCUCCACCACCGACAGGCGCGUGUCUUCCUCUCUCCUGCACACGGUGGCAGUUUCCUGUCCUCCCGACAGCCUGCUGGGACAGACACCGUCUUUAAAGUGAAGAGUCACGUGUAUGGUCUGGAAGGGCAGGACUGCCAGUACAAGCAGAUGUUCAGCAGCGAGCUGCGUGGAGUGGUGUUAAAGUUGGUGCAGAUCAUCGCUCAGGCCCGACAGACAGCGAAGCGGAUCUCGGAUCAGUCUGCCGAAGUGGCAGCGAACAGCUCGUUCCUGUCGUGGUUCAGCGUGGGCUUUUCAGAUCCUAACUACACCUUUAACGGAGCAGAGGCUGACGACAUGGGAGAGUGUGUUAAAAAGACUCACGAAUUUCUGGACAGGGCCCUGGAUUACCUGUGUCAGAUAUUUCGGCUGAAUUCAGGACAGCUGACCCAGCUGAUGGCGAACGUGACCUCGACAGAUGAUGAUGGUGAGUCGAAACAGCUACCCGAUUACAUCCAGAGUGAAAACGGUCCCGUGCUCACGGAUCUGGGUAGGAUGCAGAUCAUCAACGGCCUUCGCCGAUUUGAGGUUGAAUAUCAAGGUGAUCCUGAACUUCAGCCGAUAAGGAGCUACGAAAACGCUUUUCUGGUUCGGCUGCUGUUCCGGCUCUCCUCCUUCAUCAACGAGCGGCUGGGAGGCCACAUGGAGGCGCUGUGCUCACGGCAGGACUUCCUGGGCCGCGCGAGUCGACACUACCUGAGCGUAUCACCGGUGCCUGAGCAGCGACGGAGGAGCCCGGCUCUGCGUCAGACGAGAGGGCGAGGGCAGCGGCCGCGGCUCAGUCUCCGAGCUCUAGCCAGCUAUCGUACGCUGUUCACGCUACUGAUGCUCUACCUGCUGUUCGCUCUGUUCUCAUUCGGCCUGCUGUCCAGCACCGCCCUCAUCCUCAUCAUCAGCUUUCUGUACGAACUGCUCCUGCUCCUGCUCACUGAUAAACUCACAAGGCACUGACUCACCAAUGGAGGCUUUCUAUUUAUGUCUGAUUUAAACAUGUGACUGGUUUGAUAUUGAUGACUUGCACAAGCUUUUAAGUUUUACAACAGUUCAGUCCACAAUGUCCACAUUGUCCCCUUUGUCCCAAAUGUCUCCAAUCAGCUAGGACCAUGUUUGUGGCGUCUGAAGUUUGCAUCUUUGGGGCUACAAUGUUAAUGUAUCUAACAAGUAAUAGAAGUUGUGUGAUGAUUUUUGACGUUCAGAUUUAACGUGCCGUGAUAAAUAUCCAUAAAGAAAGAUUCCCUUACUUGUCAGCUACGUUAGCCUAAUAGCAUUUGUUGUGUUGGGACAUUGUGGACAUUUUAUGGUUCAUAUACUGGCAGAUGCUUAUAAGUAUGACAACCACUUUGUACCAUUAAAUUACAUAAUCACCGAGCUUAUAAAGAGUAAUCAUAAACAAUCAACCAUUUUGAGUAAUAAUACAGACAGAAACACAUUUUGAACCCAAAUGAAAGUGUUGAUUUUGAAUAAAAAUCUUUAUCUUUUGGUUAA